CUGGACCUGCCUUAUUUAUAGCCCUGUUGGCAAGAACAGGCAACUGGCCGACAGCUGCACACACGGUUGGGGUAACCCAACAGAGUGGUUGGCCCCCGCAGCACUGCUGCUGUCCCCUAUGAUCAGGCUGGAGAGCAGAAGACAGGACAGGUUGUUGAAACACCGGGUGUCAAAAUGACGGAGCGCUUUGACUGCCACCAUUGUGAAGAAUCUCUCUUUGGCAAGAAGUACAUCCUGAGGGAGGAGAGCCCCUACUGCGUGGCCUGCUUUGAGGCCCUCUACGCCAGCAUGUGUGAGGAGUGCCAGAAGCCCAUAGGCUGCGACUGCAAGGUGAAACCAGGGCUCUGUCCUCGUGGCACCGUCUCUGACUUUCCCUCCAUCCAGGGCUUCUCUCUCCUGCCAGUCAUAAUGGUGAUCCUGCUGAGCUUCCUCGUGGCCGAAGGACUCCUGCAGGUCCAAAGGUCCACUUGCCAAGAUUUGUCCUACAAGGACCGACACUGGCACGAGGCCUGUUUCCACUGCUCGCGGUGCAAGAGCUCGCUGGUGGACAAGCCUUUUGCCGCCAAGGGGGACCAGCUGCUCUGCACGGACUGCUACUCCCACGAGUACUCGUCCAAGUGCCAGGAAUGCAAGAAGACCAUUAUGCCAGGUACCCGCAAGAUGGAGUAUAAGGGCAGCAGCUGGCACGAGACCUGCUUCGUCUGCCACCACUGCCAACAGCCGAUUGGAACCAAGAGCUUCAUCCCUAAGGAUGAACAGAACUUCUGUGUGCCCUGCUAUGAGAAACAGUAUGCCCUGCCAUGUGUUCAGUGUAAAAAGCCCAUCACCACCGGGGGCGUCACUUACCGGGAGCAGCCCUGGCACCGGGAGUGCUUUGUGUGCACGGCCUGCAAGAAGCCGCUGUCUGGGCAGCGCUUCACAUCCCGGGACGAGUUUGCCUACUGCCUGAGCUGCUUCUGCGACUUGUACGCCAAGAAGUGUGCUGGGUGCACCAACCCCAUCAGCGGACUUGGUGGCACAAAGUACAUCUCCUUUGAGGAACGGCAGUGGCAUAAUGACUGCUUUAACUGCAAGAAGUGUUCCCUCUCACUGGUGGGCCGUGGCUUCCUCACAGAAAGGGGUGACAUCCUGUGCCCUGACUGCGGGAAAGACAUCUGAAGUCAACACGAAUUGCUGCUUGCGAAACACACAGAUUUAUAUAUUUUCUUUCUCAACCAGGCAAUAUUGGGUCCUGGUUUCCACCAGCCACACCGAGACUUUCCUUUUGUGCUUCUCAGUGAUAUUCACGUUUGUUUAAACACUUUAAUUCUUUGUACUAGUUCAAUCCCAGGGAAGAAGAAAACCCUUAUGUAAACCUUAGGUGGGAAGGUGGUUUUGAAUUUUUGGAAUCAAACAAGGCAAAUCCAAGUGUAAAAAUCCUUUUGAAUAUCUUUAUAAAUGUAUCUUUCUUUCACUGCAUAUUUAAUUUUUAAGUGCAAUGAACAUGUCACAAACUUGAAAGUUUUUCAACUACAUAAGGUAUGAAGAGCUGGUAUUUACGACUGUGUAACUUCCUGUCAUGUAAGGCCUAAAGCAAGAAUAUAUGGCUUACAAUAAAGUUAUCCAGAACAAAAUCUUUUGUCAA